UAUAGAAGAGAAGAGACCCAGACAACAAUUCUCUUCUAGAAAAGAAUCUGCAUGGUGAUUUUUCCUUUUUCUUGGUUUUCUUUAAAGAGCAGUGGAGUGUACACAGCUUCAGUAAUCAAGUAGUCACUCACAUGCACUAGCUGGCUAUUUACCUCUCUUCUUUCCACAUUGCCUAAACGUAACUCGAAAGCAAAAAUCAAACUGAUCAGAACCAGAAGAAACAAGCAUUCUUCUUCUUUUCGCAAAGGGUAUAUAUUUAUAUAUCCCUCUCUUUAUAUAUAAUACAACAAGCACCAUCUAGCUAUAGUGUGGCCUACCCUUUUCAAGCCAAUGGAUCAUCUUUCUUCUGAGAGUGUCAUCUUUGAUUCAUAUGGUUUCAGUGGCCAAGUUGGUAUGAUUUGGCAAGUAGUGAAAGCACCAUUAAUUGUGCCUGUCUUGAAAUUAUUGGUGAUGAUAUGCUUAGUCAUGUCAAUAAUGCUCUUCAUUGAAAGAGUUUACAUGGGUGUUGUCAUAGCUUUUGUGAAGUUGUUUGGAAGGAAACCAAAUAAGAGAUAUAAAUGGGAGGCUAUCAAGGAUGAUAUUGAGCUUGGCAAUUCUGCUUAUCCUAUGGUUCUUGUUCAAAUUCCUAUGUACAAUGAAAAAGAGGUUUAUCAAUUGUCUAUAGGAGCUGCGUGUGGGCUUUCAUGGCCGUCUGAUCGAAUCAUAAUCCAAGUGCUUGAUGAUUCAACUGACCCUGCCAUUAAGAGCUUGGUGGAAAUGGAAUGCCAGAGAUGGGCAAACAAAGGAAUAAAUAUAAAGUAUGAGAUAAGAGAUAACAGAAAUGGGUACAAAGCAGGAGCUCUUAAAGAAGGAAUGAAACACAGCUAUGUGAAACAAUGCGACUAUGUGGCAAUUUUUGAUGCUGAUUUCCAGCCUGAGCCUGACUUCCUUUGGCGCACCAUUCCUUUUCUUCUUCACAAUCCUCACAUUGCUCUUGUUCAAGCUCGCUGGAAAUUUGUUAAUUCUGAUGAAUGCUUAAUGACAAGGAUGCAAGAAAUGUCAUUGGAUUACCAUUUCACUGUGGAGCAAGAAGUGGGCUCUUCAACUUAUGCCUUCUUUGGAUUCAAUGGAACUGCUGGUGUAUGGAGAAUUUCAGCUCUCAAUGAAGCAGGAGGAUGGAAGGAUAGAACAACAGUGGAAGAUAUGGAUUUGGCUGUCAGGGCAAGUCUUAAAGGUUGGAAGUUCGUUUAUAUUGCUGACCUCAAGGUGAAAAAUGAAUUACCAAGCACAUUCAAAGCUUACAGAUACCAGCAACACAGAUGGUCUUGUGGCCCUGCAAAUCUUUUCAAGAAAAUGGCAAUGGAAAUAAUUAGAAACAAGAAAGUGUCAAUGUGGAAGAAGUUUUAUGUGAUCUACAGUUUCUUCUUCGUUAGAAAGAUUGUGGCUCAUAUUGUCACAUUCCUGUUUUAUUGUGUUGUUUUGCCUGCGACUGUUUUGGUUCCUGAAGUAGAAGUUCCAAAGUGGGGUUAUGUCUAUAUUCCUUCUACUAUUACUCUCCUCAAUGCUGUUGGAACUCCAAGAUCACUUCAUCUAUUGAUUUUUUGGGUGCUGUUUGAGAAUGUAAUGUCUAUGCAUAGAACCAAGGCUACAUUUAUAGGUUUGUUGGAGGCUGGGAGAGUGAAUGAAUGGGUUGUUACUGAAAAGCUUGGAGAUGCUCUCAAGAUUAAGUCAACUACUAAAGCUUCCAGGAAACCUCGCCUCAGGAUUGGAGAAAGAAUGCAUAUGCAAGAGCUUGGUGUGGGAGCCUAUCUCUUCUUUUGUGGGUGCUAUGAUUUUGCCUUUGGAAAGAACAGUUACUUCAUAUACCUGUUUCUCCAAUCCAUGGCCUUCUUCAUUUCAGGAAUUGGGUAUGUUGGGACCUUUGUCCCCACCUCUUAGCCACCACAUGCCUUGCCCAGCAAUCAUCUCUCAAGUGUUUAUCCUUAUACUUUUAGUCCUUAUAGCCCUUUGCAUCCUUUGGAAGAUUUUUCCUUUUUUAUUUUUAAUUAUAUACAUAUAUUUUUUUAAUUGUUGAGAAAUUAAAUUCUGGUCAUUCUUUAAUAUUGAAUAUAAAGAAAGUUCUGUCAACUACGUUUUUUGGGAGUAGAAAAUUCAAGAGGUGAAGUUGCAAAUUAGUGUAUGUUCAUAUGGGGUAUGGUGCAGAGUAAAUGUGGACAAAUGGGUUGCUUGGAAAUCGGGGAUUGGAUUUUUUUAUUUCUUUUUGGAAAUAAAAUUUAAAGUUUUUAUCA